UGAUGCAGAAAAGUAUUAAUAACAUAUCGCAAGAGUGAUUUGGAGAAGAAACUGAUUCUAUUGUGUUAUUGUAACUAUAGCUGAUAGUGCUUUUCAGUUUUCAGAUGAAAAGAACAGCAGAAUUGGAAAAGGCCAAACCAGGCAAAGAUAAAAAUAUCCGAAAUCGUAACAAACGAAAAUUCAAACGCAAAAAGGGUACCAAACAACUGAAAAUUAAUUUUGACCAAAGCUUUACCCAAAACAGGGAUAGUGCUCCAAAACCCACACCGACCUUAACUGCCAGAGCGAAGUUGUUCAACACAGCUCCAAGUUUUGUUCAGCUCAAAAAUGCACAGAACCUGUGGAUCAAAACUUAUCAAAAUGCUAUAAAAUGGCAGUACCAGCAUCAACUCAACUAUUGGAAACAUUGUACUCUUACGUUAAGAGAGGAAAACGCUCGUCUCAAACGACGUCUUGCUGUGCAGGAUUCGGAAGACGAAGAGGAAGAAACCGAAGCUUAUACACACCAUCAACGAAGGCAUCAAGAAACAGCUACUGCGAAAGAGGAUGCGGAUGAUGCUCUGCUUGACGAGGAGUUUAUAGCGUUUAUGGAAGUGUCCGCUAGACAUCGCUUGGAGCGCAGGAGGUUAAAAAAUGAAAGUGUUCAAUAAUUAGGUUUAUGAAUAAAUUAAAACAGAUUAAAUAA